AAACUGGUCUGAAUUAGCAAGCGUUUCUGCAGAUGAUAGCUGCGCAAGCUGCUUGAGAAAGGCUUCUCUUCUGCAGGAGACCUGAACCUGCAAAAGGAACAAACACUCUAAACCCUGCACUUGAACAGAACAUAUCUGGAGCUCUGCUCUGGAAUGAAGAGAUGGCUGCUGCUUCUGCUGCUUUGCAGUUUGCUGGGCUGAUCCUUGGAGGCAUUGGCGCAGUUGGGACUUUCGCCAUCACGGGCAUGCCCCAGUGGCGAGUGACUGCUUUCAUCGAAAGCAACGUGGUGGUUUUUGAAACCUCCUGGGAAGGCCUAUGGAUGAACUGCAUACAGCAAUCUAACAUCAGGCUGCAAUGCAAGGUCUACGACUCCCUCUUGGCCCUGCCUCCUGACCUCCAGGCUUCAAGAGGUCUGAUGUGCACAGCUUCAGCCCUGGCAUUCCUUGCAUUUGCAGUUGCUGUCCUUGGCAUGAAGUGCACCAAAUGCACAGGAAAUGACGACAGAAUAAAAGGGUAUAUUUUGCUGGCAGGUGGCAUCACUUUCAUUGUGACUGGCAUCGUCGUGCUCAUCCCAGUGUGCUUCGUUGCCCACAACAUCAUCCGAGACUUCUACAAUCCAGCCAUUCAACUGGCUCAGAAGCGGGAGCUUGGUGAAGCCCUCUACAUAGGCUGGGUGUCUGCCUUCUGCCUCGUCGCCGGAGGAGCAAUUCUUUGCUGUUUCUGCCGUUGUGAAGAAAAAACCAGAAGCUAUCGAUAUUCAGUGCCUUCACAACGUACAGCCUUCCAGAGCCAUCGUACACCAAGAAGAGCUGAAAGUUCGUACACUAAAAGUCAGUAUGUUUAGUCUGCCUUUGGUUUAUUGUCUUUCCGAGGAAAGUAUCCUUUCUGAUCAAACUUGGAUUCUAGAAGAAACUCUGCUAGUACAGCACGCUGCGUACAAUGGAGCGAAAUCCAGGAAACUGCCUGUGACCUCUAAGACAAAGCAAGCUCUAGAACACAAGGGAACAUCUUCAGAUAUUUCAGAGCAGCAUCAGAAAUUCGAACUGAAUAUUGUCCAAGGUUUUUGUAUUUUUUUAUUAGCAUCUAUUAAGGGGAACGUGUUUUCAU